UGUCAGUGUGUUCUCUGCUGCGGGCUCAAGCACACAACUCUGUGACAUACCGCACGAGAGUGUGAGUGUGUGUGUGUGUGUGAGUGUGUGGGUGCGAGUGUGUGUUGAUCUGACACACACAGAAGGGAUUGACAUGAGCUCUCAUGAAAGGAAACGAGGAAGAGACGUGCGCGGACAGCAAGUGUUCCUGAGGACAGAAAACACGCCACCUGUCCUUCUCUCUCUACAGGAUGCAUUGCUGCAGUUGGCCUCCAUUUUUGAUAUCAGCGGCCUUCAGAAGACUAUUAAAGAUGUGCUGGGAGCCAUCCUACCAAACGCGGAGUCUGUGUGUUUGUACCUGUUGGAGGCGGAGUCUCGAUUCAGAUGUGAAGAUCUGCCCCAUGAGAUCCCAGCGGAGGGAACGCUCAGAGAUGCAGUUAAACAGAAGAAGAGAAUCCAGUGUGCUGGUCUGCCGUCAUCAGGACUCCACGAGAAACACACAAACUCACUGGCCGCUCCAUUACCACCUGAUAAAAGAGUGCUCAUCAUGCCAUUAGUUGAUGAGGGAACUGUAAUAUCAGUUAUUGUGCUCUGCUGUAAAACUCUGACAGAACAAGACGAGCAAAACCUGAACGUCCUGGAAAAACACCUCACUGUGGCCUGUAAACGUGUUCAACACAUGCAGAGAUGCUCCAAACAGCCCCUCGCUCAAUCCCACAAUGCACCAGUGGAGGUCAAAUCCAGCACUUCACCGGAGGACUACAGAGAACUCGACCGCAAGAUCCUACAGCUGUGUGGUGAGCUGUGUGAUCUAGAUGCUGCAUCUCUACAACUUAAAGUCAUCAAAUAUCUCCAGACAGAAACUCACUCUCAGUCCUGCUGUUUACUGCUGGUGUCUGAAGAUAAUCACCAACUCUUCUGUCAGGUUGUUGGAGAUAAAGUGUUGGAAGAGGAAAUCAGUUUUCCUCUGAUGUUCGGACGGUUUGGGCAGGUGGUGGAGACAAAGAAAUCUAUUAGACUGCAAGACGUCAGCCAGGAGGAGCGAGGUUUGCUGAGCAGUCUGUUGGGCUUCGAGCCGAAUUCAAUGCUCUGUGUACCUGUGAUGGGUCACGCCACUGGACAGGUGGUGGCGCUAGCGUGCACCUUUAACAAACUGGGAGGACAGAGGUACAUGGAGUCAGAUGAGCAUGUAGUUCAACACUGUUUCUGUUACACAUCGACUGUUCUCACCAGCACACUGGCCUUCCAGAAAGAACAGAAACUCAAGUUUGAGUGUCAGGCUCUGCUGCAGGUGGCUAAAAAUCUCUUCACUCAUCUCGAUGACGUGUCUGUAUUACUGCAGGAAAUUAUUGCAGAGGCCAGAAACCUGAGCAAUGCUGAGAUUUGUUCAGUGUUUCUGUUGGAUCGGGUCAGUCAUGAACUCGUGGCUAAAGUGUUUGAUGGAGGUGUGGUGAACGAUGAUGAGAAAGAGUUUCGUAUCCCUGCGGAUCAGGGCAUCGCUGGUCAUGUUGCCACCACGGGGAAGAUUCUCAAUAUCAAGGAUGCAUACUCUCAUCCUCUGUUUUACCGCGGUGUGGACGACAGCACGGGCUUCAGAACACGAAACAUCCUCUGCUUUCCCAUCAAAGAUGAAAAUGAAGAGGUGAUUGGAGUGGCUGAGCUGGUGAAUAAGACGAACGGACCGUGGUUUAAUCGUUUUGAUGAGGAUUUGGCGACGGCGUUCUCCAUCUACUGUGGCAUCAGUAUCGCUCAUUCUCUCCUGUACAAGAAGGUUCAUGAAGCUCAGUUCCGCAGUCAUCUGGCCAAUGAGAUGAUGAUGUAUCACAUGAAGGUGUCAGAGGAGGAGGUCACUAAACUUCUGUGUAGCGGCACCGAGCCGGUCCAGAGCAUUCACCCGAGCUUCGACGAGUUCACUUACACGCCGCGAUCACUACAGGAUGACAGCACGCCAACGGCGGUCCUGAGCAUGUUUGAAGACAUGGGCUUUAUUAACACCUACAAGAUCGACAUGCACACGCUGGCCAGGUUUUGUCUGAUGGUGAAGAAGGGCUACAGAGACCCUCCAUAUCACAACUGGAUGCACGCGUUCUCUGUGUCUCACUUCUGCUACCUGCUCUACAAGAACCUGGGGCUCUCGAACUACCUCCAAGAUAUAGAGAUUCUGGCGCUCUUUGUGUCCUGCAUGUGUCAUGAUUUGGACCAUCGAGGAACAAACAACUCUUUCCAGGUGGAUUCGCAAUCCGUCCUGGCGGCUCUUUACAGUUCAGAGGGAUCUGUAAUGGAGAGACAUCACUUUGCUCAAGCCAUCGCAAUUCUCAACACGCACGGCUGCAACAUAUUUGAGAAAUUCUCUAGAAAGGAUUACCAGAGGAUGUUGGAUCUGAUGAGAGAUAUCAUUCUGGCCACAGAUUUGGCUCAUCAUUUGAGAAUCUUUAAAGAUCUUCAGAAGAUUGCUGAUGCUGGUUAUAACCCCAAGAGUCAAACUCAUCGCAGUCUGCUGCUGUGUCUGCUCAUGACCUCCUGUGACCUCUCAGACCAGACCAAAGGCUGGAAGACCACCAGAAAGAUCGCCGAGUUGAUCUACAAAGAGUUUUUCUCUCAGGGUGAUUUGGAGAAGGCCAUGGGAAACAGACCCAGUGAGAUGAUGGAUCGAGAGAAAGCGUACAUCCCCGAGCUUCAGAUCAGCUUCAUGGAGCACAUCGCCAUGCCAAUAUACAAGCUCCUUCAGGAAAUCUUCCCGCAAUCGGCAGAGUUGUACGAGCGCGUGGCCGCCAACCGCGAGCAGUGGUCCAAAGUCUCUCACAAGUUCACCAUCCGAGGGUUGCCUAGCAACAACUCGCUGGACUUCCUGGACGAGGAGUUUGAGUUGCUGCAGUCUCAGGGAGCGUUCGGAGACGACUCCCAUCGCAUGAACGGCUGCUUGGACGACCAGUGAUGUCACCGGGGCCAAAGGUCAAAGGCGGUUCAUUAAGACAGGGGUCCACCUGUCGCCAUGGAGACGGAAGCUGACGUUCUGCAGAACGACUGACGGCUGAGAUGUCUAGGUGGAAUGUAACGAGAUUUGGAUGGAAAGAUUUAUUCUUGAAACUAAAUUCAACUUGAGAACUCUUGAGACGUACGUGACUAAACAACUUGAAGAGAAUGUAAUAAAACACUUUAACCUAUAAAUCUAAUCGGAUCUGUCACGUUUUUGAAAACAUCAAAUUGUUUGUUUUAAUUUGAAAGAUUCUUGCUGCUAAACUCAAGCUGGUGUUAUUUUGAGUCCUAAUUGAAAUUCGUCACAUGAAACGGAUGUUCUCGUAAUUAAUCUUCACUUUCCAAGUGGAACCAAUUUGGCCUCUCAGAUGUCAGUUUCCAUGUUCAGACAAAAUAAUAUAUCAUUUUUGAAAUCCCCAAAACCCAAAACAAUCAGACAGAAGAAGUCAUGGAAGCGAACAGCAGCUGGCGUUCAGAGAUGCUGACGGGAGGAUGUUGUGUAUAGUCCGGUCGUGUGUUUAAAGGGCUCCAUGGCCCUCCGAGGACACCCACUUUCUCAGGAUGGCGAAUGGAUUUUGCCUUACAAAUGUUUGCGUUGCCUUCCUGAGUGACUUUAAGAGAGAUGUACAAAAGAAAACCUGCCUAUCUCUGUACAGUUCUGAAGCUAUAUGAUCUAUAAAGAUGUCCUGUGUGUGGAUCCACGCGUGACUACGUGCAUUUGCCAAAAUCUGCUACGGAACAAAUAUGAGAUUUCUGUCGUAUGAAAAAUGCGAGUUUGCUUUUAAUAUUGUGAGCCAUAAUGCAGUCAUAAUGAAUUUAUUCUGUUCUUGAGAAAAAACGAGACGUUUUAUUUUGCAUUAUGAACGUAUUUGUAGAAUCUAUUUUCGCGUUCCCAUAAUGUUUUAUAAACAGACUGAAAAAUAUCCCAUCGUGCAGAAAUACCUCUUUGUCAUUACUGGAAUUCAGACGUUAUUAAACGAUCAUAAAUAAAAUCUUUUUUAGAUUUUUCUCAUCGAAAAUCACAUAAACACUCCAAAAAUCUUAAAGAACCACAUCCAGUAUGCAAAAUGUAAUUGAUUUCACCCCUUUAUUCUGAAGAAGAAUAAAAUAUAAACCGAAUGUUAUUGUUUUUUUCUGUGAAAUAACUACUGAAGGUAUGGCAAGCCGAAUUAACUUUUAAGAAUGAAAGCUUUUUAGAUAUCUUAAAGUACUCUCAGAUUUAUUGAUGUCUGAAAUCUAUUUCCUGGUAUCAGAAAUACCAAAUGCUACAUGUUAAAAUUAAUAUACAGAUAUCAAGAAUGAGCAUUUCAACUAGUGAAAAUUGAAUUCUUGAUAUCAGGAAUUUUCAUUUUUUUCUAGUGACAAGUUAAUUGUUGAUAUAAAAUGUUAUGGAUUUUACUAGUAAGAAAUGAAUUAUGGAUUUCUGAAAUUGAAUUCGAAUGGAAGACUAUUGUGAUAUUUAACUAGUAAAAAUGCAAUUACAGAUAUCAAGAAUUACGUUUUUUACUAGUUUAAAUUCAAUUUUUGAUGUCAAGAAUACACAUUUCUUCCAGUGGUUGUCCAUAUUAAGAAUUCACAAUUUUACUAGUAAGAAUAUCAUUACUGAUAUCAAAAAUAGCAGUUUUUACUAUUAGAAAUUAUAUUCUUGAUAUCAAGAAUAAUAAUUUUUACUAUAAAAAAAUUAAUUGUUAAAAUCAAAAAUUCAUAUCCUGUGAAAAAUUUAAACCUAAUUCGGCUUGCCUUAAAAAAUGCAAUUACAGAUAUCAAUAAUUAAGUUUUUUACUUGUUGUAAUUAAAUUUUGAUAUCAAGAAUAACUAUUUCUCCGAAUGAUUGCUUGAUUGUUGGUAUCAAGAAUCCACAUUUUUAUUAGUAAAAAUUGAAUUGCUGAUAAAAAGCUAAUUGCUGAUUAAAAGCUAAUUCGGCUUGCCAUACUGAAGGUUUAUUGAACUGCAUAAGCAAAACUGUGAAUGGUCUUUUGUGUCUCAUGAGAAAUGUUCAUUCUUCAGAAAUGUUGAGAUGUGUGGAAAGGAUGAUUUUCUUCUGACGUCUGCUGUAUAAAAGAUAAAAGCUCGUGCUGGCAGUGAACUUGAAACUCAUUUCAAUACUUUUCUUAUCAAGCGUUUUCCUCCAUCUGAUGUUUUUGUUUCAUCACAGACACGCUUUAAUUUUCUUCUGCUUCGUUCACCUCAUGAUGUGUACAUUGUAAAAUAUUUCUUUUUACACGGUGAAUAACUUUUCUUUUGUUUUUGGAAUAGAAAUACUCUCUAGUGCCAAUAACACACACGUAAAUAUGUUUUUCAUGUAAUGUCUGAAUAUAUUUCAGCUGAAUCCAGGGAUAGUCUUGACUUCUUCUUCGAGUUCCCUUUACUAACAGUCUGGAGAAAAGAUGCAGUGCAGUUUUUCAUGAUGUCUGUUGAGAUCUGAAGAGAUUUGGGCUGUGCCCGAAAUCGCCUCAUUCACUGUUCACUGAUAAAGUCCACUUUAAAGGGACACUAGGCUCUUUCUCCAACUCCUCGAGAGUUGAUAAGUCUAGUUUUAGCAUAGCUUAGCAUAGAUCAUUGAAUCCAAUUAGACCAGUAGCAUCGCGCACAAUAAUGAACAAAGAGUUUUCCUUUUUAAAACUUGAUUCUUCUGUGCUUCGUGUGUAUAUCGUGUGUAAUCAAGGAAGUUUUAAAUCUGUAAUUUUUGAACGCGAUGCUAACGAGAAAAUUAACCAUGUUUUUUGGUGGAUUGAUAACUACAGUAACCAUCGUUUACUAUAGUUUGCAGAACAAAACAAGGUUGGAAAACCAUGGUUGUUUUGUGAUAACCAUUGUUUUACUACAAUAACCAUGUUUUUCUCAAUUUUAACUGUAGUAAAACCAUGGUAAAUUUUCGUCCAAUUGGAUUCAAUGAUCUAUGCUAAGCUAUCCUAAAAGUGCUAUACCCGAAUAUCCAAAACGGUAAAACAACUAAUUAACUCUGGGAGAGUUGGAGAAUGAGCCUAUUUCCCAAAAAAGUGUAAUGUUCCUAUAAGCGAGUGAGUAAAUUCGACAGUGGAAACGCUGCGGGCGCCAUUUUCUUUUGCCGAAAGGCGGGAAAUCACUCGAUAGAUCACGAUAGAUGGAUGGCUAGCGUACAUCAGUCGUACGCUCGUUAUUAUGAUGCAUCAUGGGAUUGAAUGAGUGCACUCAAUAACGUCCUCUAUGAAUUCGGAGACCACUAAAAACGUACGUCCCCUCAAAAGUGCACAAUAUUAGGGUAUAGGGGCUAUUUCGGACACGGCCUUGUUGUUAUAAACUCAAUGAAUCUUUACGUUACUGACGCUCUGUGCUUUGACUUUUCUGUAUAACUGAGUGCUGGAUAGUCAGUUUAUAUGGUGAUAAAUACACACAUGUGUGUAGAUAUUGUACAGACUUAACUGUGUCUUACAACUGUUGAAGAAACUAGACAUUAUGACCGACUAUAAAAAUGACUUUUUAUCCAAAAUAAACUUCAAAUUGCCGA